AACGCCGCCGCAUCGGCAACUCCGGUUGACAAGCGCAAGACUGCAAGAGACGCCCAUGUACUCGAUCGGAAGCCGAUCACCACCGACACCAAGUCUCAAGGUCGUCACGGCCGCCAUGGCGUCGUCGCCGUCAGCGCCAACUAGCCCGCUCCCGCAGUCCCGCGGCAGUUGCUGCGCUACGUGUCCCGGCCUGGGCGUCGCGCUCGAUCGCCGAGCGCCUCCGACGACCAUAAUCAGUCUGCCGAGUGCGCCGCAGGAACUGGAUGUGGAUGUGGAUGUGGAUGUGGCGGCGUCCCAGUCCCAGCUGCUGCAGGCCGCCGCUCCUUCCCCGAAAGGGCGCCCCGGCGGCGCGCCGAGGCAAGGCAGCGGCGGACAUGUCCGUGCCGCCGCUCCGGCGGCGAUGGCGACGGUAGCCAGCUUGGUUAUGCCUUCGCGACGGCCCACGUCGCCGCCUGCUGGUCCCUCGGCACAGGGCAGCGGCGGCAAAAUCCAUGCCGCGGAAACGCAAACGCCGGCUGGGGCAGCGCGUGUGGUUAUUAUGCGAGGACCACCAGCUCCACCAGGUCCCCCUGCACAAGGCAGCGGCGGAAAGUUUCAUGCCGUGUCGCCGGCGGCGACGGCGGCGCGUGUGCUUAUGCGAGGGCCCGCGCCGCCUGGUCCACCGGCAGAAGGCGCCGGCGGCCGUGGUGGAAUCAUCCAUGCUUUUGCUUCUUGAAUCUUGAUUCUUGAUGAGUUGUACUAUAGGGGGGAGAUGUAUGCUGCUGUGUUUCUCUUUUACUUUUUGGAUGGAAACUUGGAAGAUCAGACUAAUAUAUUUGUCUGAACCUGAUCUGAGUGUUCGACAGUGAAUCGAAUCAAAAUUUUCAGUAUACAUGCAUGUUGAGCAUUUGGUUUUGUAAUUUGUAAAAGCCAUGCAUGAGUGUUCAUCCUAUAAUUUGCAA